AUGUUUUACGAUGCUUAUAAAACCCUAGGCUUAUCUGUGAAAGACCUGAUCCCCUAUGACCACGACUUGAUCGGGUUCACUGGGGACAGAGUUCUGCCCUUAGGAUAUUUUGAUGCAUACCUCUCCCUAGGAGGCCAUGAUGUUUGCAGGACUGUCAAGGCCCGAUUCCUGGUGGUGGAAUGCCCAACAACCUACAACGCCAUCAUCGGCAGACCGAGCCUCAAUGUCUACCGGGCCAUCGUCUCAACCCACCACCUGAUGUUGAAGUACCCAUGGGCCGGAAGGGCGGUUUCCGUACGCGGAAACCUAACCAUGGCCAGGGGGUGCUAUAACUCCAGCUGCAGGUUGGCGCGAGAGGAUCGAAAAAGGAAAGAACCCGACCACGGGAAAAGAGUUGAAAGCUUCCAUCUCCGAGCAGGAGCAUGCUUAACAGACAUCGACCCGAGAGUGGACCAAUCUAGAGAGGACCAACGUCUUAAGCCGGAUGGGGAAGCACGGCCUGUCCAGAUCGGUCGUGGCCCCGAGCAAACCACCAAGCUGGCACGAGACCUCCCACAUGACCUCUCAAACAAACUGGAAGCCCUUCUGAAAAGUAACAGACACUUAUUUUCUUGGUCAUCCGCGGAUAUGCCGGGCAUCGACCCAAUGUUCUGCAGUCACAAGCUAUCAGUAGACCGAAAAUUCAAGCCAGUGGCCCAGAAGAAGAGAGUCAAGAGACAGAUGAGCGCAGAGAAGCAAGAAGCGAUCAGGGAACAGACGACUGAACUGCUACGAGCCGGGAUCAUUCGCGAAGUCAAGUACACCACUUGGCUGUCGAACGUGGUCCUGGUCAAGAAAUCCAAUGGGAAGUGGAGGAUGUGCGUUGACUACACAAACCUGAACAAGGCCUGCCCUAAGGAUCCCUUUCCCCUCCCCAGCAUCGAUGCCCUUGUGGACAAUUCCUCGGGGUACAAGUACUUGGCCCUCAUGAACGCGUAUUCCGGGUACAACCAAAUUCCGAUGUACAGAGAAGAUGAAGAAAAAGCUGCUUUCAUAACCGAUCGAGGGACGUAUUGCUACACUAUGCUCCCGUUCGGCCUGAAAAAUGCAGUGGUCACCUACCAACGGAUGAUGACCAAAAUAUUCAGGGCACUUAUAGGAAAGUCAAUUGAAGUCUACAUUGAUGACAUUAUCGUGAAAACACCAAAGGGAGGCGACCACGCAGCCGAUCUUGCCGUGGUGUUCGAACAGCUGAGGAAGCACAAUAUGCGCCUCAACCCCAAAAAAUGUACCUUCGGGGUUAAAAGCGGGAAGUUUCUGGGAUAUAUGCUCACAAGUCGCGGGAUUGAACUAAACCCCGAGAAGUGCUAG